UGGGUUUUACACACCACCAAGGUAGAGAGAGAAAUAUGGGAGAAAUUCUACACAAGAAUACCACCGGGAAAAUCCAAGGGGUCUUGGUGAGUGUGGGUGAGUGUAGGGAGUAACUGGUUUUAGUUACUCGGAAAAUACAUCCGGGUAUAGGGUGUGAAAAGUCUGUUUAUAAGUGUCUGGUAUUUAGCACUUGUAAACAGGGGAGAGUUUUUUGUAUAUUGUCCUGAAAUAGUGGAAAUAUAAUUUUUUUCUCUCAUAUAUUCUUCUUGUGUUUGUUCUCUCAAUUUUCUGGUGUUCUCAAUAUUUUUCGGUAUCUUACGCGCUUAAAAUCCCAACACGGAGGGAGUAUGACUUUCUCAUUCUUCGGUCACGCAGCCCAUUUUUUAGAAAAGAGAGAUCAUGUUCAACUCACUACAAAACCGAGUCGAUCCCCGAGUUUUACGGCGGUAUACGAUGGGUAUAUGCACCUCGUGUGAGUCCGCCUCGGUGGCGACGGCGAAGUUGAUACUUGAAGACGGAAGGUUGCAGGAGUUCUCCUGCCCCGUCAAGGCCUCCUACGUCCUACAGAGGGACCCCACCGUCUUCAUCUGCAACUCCGACGAAAUGGACUUCGGCGACGUCGUUUCCGCCCUCGCCGGAGACGAGGAGCUCCAGCCCGGACAGCUCUACUUCGCUCUCCCGCUCUGCCGCCUAAAGCGCCGCCUCCAGGCCGAGGAAAUGGCCGCAUUGGCCGUCAAAGCUAGCUCCGCCUUGACCAAGAGCUUGGGUAGUGGCUGCGAGAAGAAAUGCGGGUGUCGCCGGAAAGGCGUAUUAGAUUUCCCCGUCGAGAAGGAAUCCAAGUCGGCGGCGGCGGAUAGGUCAGUCAUCGCUGGAGGGUUGACCAACGGUGGAAGAAGUAACGGUAACGGAGGUGGCAGGAGGAGGUCAGGGAAGUUCGCGGCGAACUUGAGGGCAAUUCCGGAAUAAGAAAAGAUCACGACGGUGGGUCGUGGUCACUUUGUACUGUAAAUAUUCGGAGUUUUUAGAUAUAGCUUCCGAAUUAAAUCCGAGGGUAAAUGGGUAAUAUUUUUUUCUAGCUGGACGGACGGACGGGGAAACGGCCGUUUCCACUUCAAUUCCGUCACUUAUUUUAUUCGUGUUUUUUUUUCUCUCUCUCUUGGGGGAUUCAUUAUUGGUGCCAGCCGGUGAAUGGGGGGUUUGUGUCAUCCAGUUUUGCCUCAACAUUUGUUGUUUGCCUAUGAAUUCCAAUUCCAAAAAAAAAAAACAGAGAGUAUUUCU